AAAAGCUGUUUGCGAUCCGCCAAUUAAGAUUAAGAACAAAAUGUAACAUUAGCGGACGGUUGUCAAUGCUGUUUAUUAAAUUUAACAGUGGGGCUUUAUUAGAACAUAAAUCCGUCAUGUUUUAGACAAACCCUGUCGCUGUUUCCUGUCUAAACGGAAGAUUUUACGCGUUAGCUUAGCGUGUUAGCUACACGUCGCUAAGCAAAGAGCCAAGUCUGAACAUGCUGAGAGAUUAGAAGAAACGCUGAUCAAACGUGGAAACGUUGAAGAGUUAUUUGACGAAAACGACAGCGGGGCAGAGGAAACAAUACCACGCUUCAUUUUCAACUACACUGAGCAGACAUGAAGCAAGAAGACGUUCCCUCUGAGCAGAACUCUCGCUCUCCCGUGAAGCAGGAGGAGCUAAGAGAGUCGCCCCACGUUAAAGAGGAAGAGAAGGAGGCUGACGUCAUCGCGUUCACCUGGACUGGCGUCCAUGUGAAGAGUGAGGAGGACAUGGGUCAGUCCUCGCAGCUUCAUCACAGUCAAAGUGAGGAGAGCAGCAGCUCAAGUCAAGCUGAUGGAGAACCGCCAAAGAGCAAGAAAUCGAAACGUGAACAUCCCAGUGACAAAAGCCGAUUUAACUGCUCUCAAUGUGGCAGAACUUUUGCCUACAAAAGUGCUUUGAAAACGCACAUGAGAACGCACAGCGGAGAGAAACCUUUUGCAUGCUCAGUCUGCGGUAAAAGCUUCACCUUCAAGCAGAAUCUGAGCCGACACGUGGCAAUCCACACAGGGGAGAAACCAUUUUCCUGUUUGGGUUGCGACAAGAGAUUCUUUAGUAAGUUUGAACUGAGAAGACACAUGAGCACGCACAGUGCCCAAAGUACUUUUCCCUGUUCAUUUUGUUCACAACGUUUUUUUCACAUGUCCAAACUCAGACUACACUUGAAAACACACACCGGGGAGAAACCUUUGGGCCCAAGCUGCUCCAGUGAUCACAUGACAACAGAAGCUGAUGAGGAACAGUGUGAAGAGCCACACUCAAAAGCAGACAACACAACAUCCCAGUCUUGGAACAACAAUCAAAGUGACGACACCAAAGCAUCUUCGGAGACUGAAGAGGAACCGAAAGGGAAUCCAACGCACGACGAAGAUGACAAUCACUUUUACUGCCCAGUAUGCGGAAAAAAAUAUGCCUAUAAAAGUCAUUUGAAAGCACACAUGAUAAAGCACAGCGGGGAGAAACCUUUUGCUUGCUCAAUUUGCGACAAAAGAUUCACAGCUAAGCGUAGUAUGAUGAGACACACGGCGAUGCACACGACUGGAAAAUGCUACUCCUGUUCCGUUUGUGACGCAACGUUCUCCGAUGAGUUGGAGAUGAAAAAACACAAGAGCGCGCAUACGGUCGAGAAACAUUUUCUGUGUUCGGUUUGCGCUAAAGGUUUCUCUCACAAAUCCUACCUCAGGCAACACAUGAAAAGACACACCGGGGAGAAACCAUUCACAUGUUCCGUUUGCGGCCGAGGUUUCUCUCACAGGUCGUAUCUGAAAAUACACAUGGUGACGCACACCCGGGAGAAGGCUUUUACUUGUUCGGUUUGUUCGAAAAGUUUCUCCCACAGGUCUUAUCUGGGAGUCCACAUGAGAAUGCACACUGGGGAGAAACCCUUUCCAUGUCCGGUUUGCGCAAAAAGUUUCGCCCAAAGCUCGUGUCUCAGACAACACAUGGUAACUCACACUGGGGAGAGACCUUUUCAUUGUUCAGUCUGCGCGAAAAGUUACUCGCAUAGGUCGCAUCUCAAACAACACAUGAUCACGCACAGCGGAAAGAAACAGUUUACAUGUCCGGUUUGUGACAAAAGUUUGUCUAGUAGUGCUUAUCUGAAAAAACACUUGGAACAACACAAUUCAAAAAAGCCUUCAGUCUCGACGGGCUUUGAGGCAGAAGUGGAAGGAGAACAAGCAGAAGACAACUUGGUUCCAUUAUCGGAUAUGGACGAUGUGGUCAGACGCUUCCGACACUGAUCAUGAAGACAUUGAAAAAGCUUUCCCAACGAGUUAAAAUUCUGUACUUUGAGGAGAAAGAAAACGAAAAAUGAAAUUGUAUAGAAAUAAGAUACUGUACUUUUUCGAAGUGUAAUUACUGUACUUGCUGUAAGCCUGGAAACAAUCACUAACUGUGCUGGAUGAUGACAAUGUCAGUAAAUAAAGUUGCAGGAGUUUGGAACAAUAAAGAAGAUAAAACCGUUA